AUGAGCCCCAACACCAAAGAUCUUUUGUCCACUCUUCUACGUACCAUUGAAGAUGGCAUCAUCCCCAUGACACGGGAGGGCGUGGCAUCCGGCUCCAAGGUUUUUGGGGCCGCUAUCCUUGCCCGAAAGGAUCUGAAGCCGCUCACCGUCGUGACAAACAAUGAGCGAGUCUCGCCGCUUCUCCACGGCGAAAUCAACUGCAUCCAGGAAUUCUUCACCAAGACCUUUCCUGAUCCGGCCGGCCGCCCCAACCCGCAGACGGACUGCAUCUUCCUGGCUACACAUGAGCCCUGCAGCCUGUGCCUGAGCGGCAUCGCAUGGUCGGGCUUUCGGGAAUUCUACUACCUGUUUACAUAUGAAGACAGCAGAGACUUGUUUGCCAUUCCGUACGACAUUGAUAUUUUGCAGCAAGUCUUUCGCGUCCCGGGCACGGAAUCGGAGGAGCAGGUUGAGAGACGGGCGCUCUAUAACCGGGAGAACAAGUUUUUUACGGGUCGGUCGCUUAUGAACUUGGUCGAGAAAUUGGAGACAAAGGAUGAGCAGGAUUAUUGGAUUGCUGAGAUUGAACGCGUCAAGGGAUUGUACAAUGCGCUGAGCGAGACGUAUCAGGAGGGCAAGAAGUCGGGGGCGCAGACAUCCAGCACCUGGAAAUAG